ACAUGAAGGAGCAUCUGCUGUGAAUUAGAAAUUCGCACCAUUCUAUGUGCAUUCUGGUACAAAAUGACAUUAGAUAUUGUGAAAGGUCAGUGACUACCGCAACACACGCACAGCGAUUAUGCCUGUGCGGAAGAAUACAGCACUAAAGGGAGUGAGUCGCUUUCUAGAGCGUAGGAAUCCGGGGAUGUAAUUUUGCCGAAAGUCAGGAAUUAUGUGCAUUUUAACCAUUUUCUUCACUGGUUUUUAUUUGAGUCCUGCGGAAAACUGACACUUGUGGCAUAAUAUGCGGUGUCCAAUUAUCUGCGCUUUGACAGGAUAGAAUUCUAAAACAACGAAUAUUGGCGAAAAAAGAAGAGGAAAAAAACUACUGAAUUUCGAAAAACAUGGAGACAAGGAGGGGAAGGACCUGACUAAAUGACUAAACCCAAGUUUCCAGCUUCAGGAUAGCACAGAAAAAAGAGAAAUCAUUUUGUGAUAUGUAGGACAGCGUUUCGCUUUAAAUGUGAUUGUUUUAUUGUUGCUUUGUUGGAACAAAGACGUUUUGAACAGGAUUCCUGAAUUAGGAGCCUUCCGCUGCUCGCGAGGAAGCUCGUCCUAGUUUACAUCAAAGGAUCCUAAAGUUUUCUGACGAUUUUCCCUUCCUUUUUCCCCCGUGGAACAUAGUUUUGGAAUUUUUUUAAUUUGGAAGAUCUAGUGGAGAAAUGACAAUGAAACCUUCAACUUCGUAAAUGUUUUGAACUGGGAAUUACAUACGGAGUAUAGACACGAAUGGACACAUUCUUUCCGAGGGAAAAGUCCCGUGCCAUUCAACCGAGCGAGAGGCCUAAACGGAGCGAAGAUCGUAUCGGUGAUCAAUUGCGGUAUUGCGGUGCUAAUUCUACCGAUAGUUUGUGCCCCGUUUUCUACUCCAGCUCAUUCACAUUGACACGAGGGAGGGAUAAGUUUGGGAAUGCCGUGGGGUAUGUUGUAGAUGAUCGUCGGGUGCUACAAAGUAACCUUUGGGAUGAUAGAUAGAAAUUAAAGUUUCUGACGCUGCUUUAAAAACGGGACUACUGUUAUUGUAGGACAUCAAAAAUAACGAUAGAUGUACUGGGUUUGUGGGGAGUAGGUUAGCGCUAGUCUCCGUGGUGUUGACAAAGACGACGGUAGCCAGUGAGCAACUAGGGAAACCUGUCGUGUAAUGUAGUGGCAUUUGCCUUGGGGAAAAGUAUAUGCUACAUUGGCAUUGAUUCACUGUAGGCAAGUGGCAGGCAUGAACGGUUUUGUAUGACUACUCUGGCCAUCUAGUGCAGUAGCCUGCCCUUUAGUGUGAUUCCACCGAGCACUACUGAAUAUUUACAUCUUCUUUCCAACGCUUUUGUUCUUGUCUGGAAGAGGUCUAAUGACACAUACUACCAAAACGAAAAACCAGCGGAAUUGCACAACAAACUGAGUUUUCUCUCCGUGUCGAGGCAUUCCCACACGUUUUUCGAAGCGCGGUUUGGAUUGUAGUUGCCGCCGAACUGUUGACGCUCAUCUUGUUGGUAUACAACAGUGAUUUACCUUAAUAAAAUGCUCGUUGGAUAAGACGUGAGGAAAACCAAGAAACCGAAGGCCAAUGAGCGGCUCACAGUCCACGAUAGCCGACAGGUUUCCCAAAAAGCCAACGAGGACCGCAAGUAUUAUCAACAAGGACCACCCCCCAGACAAGAAACCUAAGAGCGACAAGGUGUCAGCGCCUUUCUCACAUGAGUUUGAUCCCACAGGGCUCGUUCAGCGGUGUGUUAUCAUCCAGAAAGAUGAGAAUGGCUUUGGGCUAACAGUGAGCGGAGAUAACCCUGUAUUUGUACAGCUCGUCAAAGAAGAUGGAGCGGCAAUGCGAGCUGGUGUUCAGACUGGUGACAGAAUUAUUAAGGUCAAUGGGACGUUAGUAACACAUUCGAAUCAUGUAGAAGUUGUGGAGUUAAUAAAGUCGGGCUCCUAUGUAGCACUGACUGUGUUGGGGAGACCCCCGGGCCUGGCCCAGAUCCCCCUGUCAGAAGGUGAGGGUGAUGGAGGCCCCGUCUCCUCCCUAAGCUCCCCGCACUCGCCGGGCCCCACAGCUGCGGAACGCUCCACCUCCACCAGCCCCUCGGACCGCGUCACUUCUCCACUGCCUGUAUGGGAGGAGAAGAACCCGGUGUACAAUCAGAAGGUCGACAUCCUUCAGAAGAUGUUGACCAAGGAACAGCAGGAGUUGCAGGCUAUGAAAGAGGAGUACAGCAGGAACCCUACCCCCAAACUACUGAAGGAAAUCCAGGAAGCCAAGAAGCACAUUCCCCUACUCCAGGGCCAGCUCAGCAAGGCCACUGGGGCUGCACAGGAUGGCUCCCUCUCUCCCAAACUGUUAGAAGGCGAGGUGGAAGAUGGGGGUGGAUUAGGGAACAUGGACCCUCUUUUGCCAUGGCAACCCGACUCCAACACAGAAUCAUCCUGGAGUAACAACACCCUAACACCGGUCACCCCGAGUCCUGUCCCAGAAAGUCCGUACCAAAGAGAGCCCCUGUGCCACAGCCCAAAGAGCACGCCACGUGACAGCCUCAACUCCUGCCCCUCCCCUGACGCUGACGACGCCGCCGACCUGGACUCCAACUCCCAGUCCAGCGUGGGGAGCCCCUCCUCCCGCCUGCCGCCACACAUCAUUGGUGCUGAAGAUGAUGACUUUGACACUGAGCAGGAGCAGAUGAAUGGCCAGUGGAGCUGUUUUCAGACCGUCGAGCUGUUGAAGUCUCGGCCUGCUCACCUCGCAGCCUUCCUGCAUCACGUGCUCUCUCAGUUUCAGUUCGACCCUGCACCUUUGCUGUGCUACCUCUACGCUGAGCUCUACAAACACAGCAGCUCCAAAGAGACGCGUCGCUUGUUUUUGGACAUCCACACAUUCUUCAUGGAUCGAACAGCGCACCUGAAAGUAGUGGUGCCAGACUCUAUCUCAGCUGAUCUGGAUCGAAGGAGACUUGAUCUCAUCCCAGAGGAUGUUCAAAGACAGUAUGUGCAGCAACUACAGGAAGCACUGCUUCCUGACAUCCAGAAGCACCUGGAGGACUUCAGGCAGAAGCGCAGUAUGGGCCUAACCCUGGCCGAGGCCGAGCUGACACGGCUAGACACGGAGAGGCUGCGUGACCGUGUGGCCCUGGAGAGGGAGCGCUCGUGCGCCGAGCACAUCAUGGUCAAGCUCGAGGACAUGCUGUUGCCGUCAUCGGCUACGGAAGAGGAGAAGUGUACCACCAUGCAGUACGUUAUCCUGUCCUACAUGAAGCAUCUCGGGGUGAAAGUGAAGGAGUCUCGGGGACUCGAGCCUAAACCCAAGCGCAUCAACUUUCUGCCCAAAAUCAAGCCCAAACAGAAGACCAUACGGGCGGAGAAGGACAGCAGCGUCGGCAGCGGCGGUGUGGAGGAGAAGGUGAAAAAGCCUCGCUUCCACAGCAUCCUCAGCCGGCCCAGCAGGAUCGACACUGCUGCCAUCACCAAGGCCAUUGAGCAGAACAAACCCCGGCCACAGAAGCAGCCCCCUCAGACUGCCCCAGGACCAGCCGAGCCGUCUGACCCCCCGCUGCCGCCGUCGGCCCGCACACGGGGCGCCCCGCUUACCGCUGCACCGGAAGCCGCCGCCUACGUUGCCUCCCCUCCCCACAGCGCUCCCGCCACCCAGGGCCCCGACAGCGGCCCCAGAGAGCCCGACACGGGCGGACCCCCCUCUGCGAUGCUCAGACUCGGAGACAGCGCCCCACCAAUCGAAGGCCAGGACUCCGCUUCCUCAGGCACACACUUUGACUUUAGCUCCUGUGCCCUGGACCACCAGGAGGAGGAGCUUGAAGCAGAGAGGAUCUUGGACGGAGGCACGCCCCGGCCACUCAGGAGGAUGGAGCUUCUGAGCUCAGGGGAGGUGCAGAGCGAGGAUGACCAGGGUACUGAGGUGGAGGCCGAGCUGGACCCCCCCCACUGGCAGACGCUGGUUAGCAGGGACGUCCUGGCGCAGCUGCCCCCACAUGAGAUCAAGAGGCAGGAGGUCAUUAACGAGCUCUUCUACACGGAGCGUGCCCACCUCCGCAUGCUGAAGGUACUGGAGAACGUCUUCUACCAGAGGAUGAGCCGAGAGGCCGUCCUGCCCCCCGGCGACAUCAAGAACAUCUUCACCAACCUGGAGGAGAUCGUCCUGCUGCACGCAUCCAUAAUGGAGCAGAUGACAGCUGUCCGGAAGAAUAAUGACGCUGCAGUCAUAGACGUUAUAGGAGACGAUCUGCUCUCCUGGUUCAGUGGUGCAGAAGAAGAGAAGAUCAAGCUGGCUGCAGGCACCUUCUGCAGUAACCAGCCCUUUGCCCUCGAGCUCAUCAAGAGCAGGCAGAAGAAAGACCAGCGUUUCGCCUCCUUCGUGCAGGAGGCGGAGAGUAAUCGGCAGUGCCGCCGGCUGCAGCUGAAGGACAUUAUUCCUGUAGAGAUGCAAAGGCUCACCAAAUACCCCCUUCUGCUGGAAAACAUCGCCAAAUAUACGGAUGACGCCGAGGAGAAGAGUAAGGUGAAACUCGCCGGCGAGUGUUGCCGGAAGAUUCUCAACCACGUCAACCAGGAGGUGAAGGAGGCUGAAAAUAAGCAGAGAUUAGAGGACUACCAGAGAAGGCUGGAUCUCUCCUCCUUGAAGCAAAGUGAAUAUCCCAUGAUUGCGGAGUUUAAGAACCUCGAUUUGACCAAAAGGAGGAUGGUGCACGAGGGACCGCUCUCUUGGAAAGUGAACAAGGACAAGACUAUUGAGCUGUACACCCUCCUGCUGGAGGACAUCCUGGUGCUCUUGCAGAGGCAGGAUGAGAAACUGAUCCUGAAGUGUCACAGUAAGAACCUGGCAGGCUCAGCAGACACCAAGCACACCUUCAGCCCCAUCAUCAAGCUCAGCACGGUGCUGGUGCGCUCCGUGGCCACUGACAACAAGUCCUUCUUUGUGCUGUCCAUGUCGGACAACGGGGCGCAGAUCUACGAGCUGAUGGCACAGACCGUAUCUGAGCAAAGAACGUGGCAGGACCUCAUCACCCAGAGUGCAGACUGUAUGAAGACCAAACAGUUAAAUAUCAUUCCUUUACCUCAGACUGAUGGGGAGCGAGAUGCCGUCGAGGAGAUGAACUCCAGCGUGCCGAAAAUGAACAAAGAUCCAGACCGCAUCUCUACUGGAAGCACCCAGUCUCCAGAUAAAGACACCACCUCAUGCUCAGAGGUUUUGCCGGAUCGCACGACUGGAACCAAUCCAUUCGAGAGUAAAUCCGAGGAUGAGGGUGAGGAGGAGGGCUCACCCCGGGGUCGUGAGGAGGACGAGGAAGAGGAAGAGGAGGAAGAGGAGGCAUUCCUGGCCGACAGGCUCCCGUUCCUGAAGCAGCGAUCGCGACAGGCCAUCGCUAUCGAAGAGAAGGAUCUGGAGGCUUUUGAGACGCCUCUGCUGAGGGCCGACGAAGGCCUCCAAACCCUGGCUGCUUUGCGGCAGCUCCUGAUCCAUCACAUGGCCACUCAGGACGACGGGGACCGAGGCCGAGAGCAGGGCGAGGGGUCAGCGCUCAGGCCAGGCACUGUGCAGGCCCCGGAGGAGAGUGCUGCCCCUGGUGGCUCGGUGGAGAAUGGUGCACACAGGACCGAUACUGCACAGGCCAGGGAAGAGAACUCUCACGAGCCGCUGUCUGGAGAAAGAGGAUUUUUUGAGAAUUCAGAGGACUAUGGCAGUUACAUGGUGCUGGAGGGUUAUGGGGGCUCGGGCGAGAGCAGUACCGAUGAUGACCCACAGGGCAGAGGUGGUGUUGAACUAACAUCUGCAGGGGACUCCGGCAUCGACCUGAAGAAGCUCCUCUCUUCAUCUUCCCAGAGUGGAGGACCCAACAUCAGCCGGCAGGUCAUGACCCAUUUACGCCUGCUCCAGGCCAGCCUGCAGCACCUGAAGGAAAUAGAAACAAAAUACAACCAUCUAUGCCAAAGGCACCCAGAGGAAGCAGCUACUGCAUUAGAAGAGAACAGAGAUAAAAGCUAGUGCUGCUGCAAGCAGAGGACACGUGGAGUCAUCGGGAGAAGCUUGACAGGCACCACUCUAACGGCUCGUCCAUGCCUAUGCACGGGUAGUGACGGACUGCCCCGCCCCUAGCCCCGCUCCUCUGCUCAACCUCACACACUACAGAGGAAGAGGACACAAAGCCACUCCAUUACCCCCUCCUCGUGCUGCCCUCUGCUUAUUGGAAUCAUGGCUGUUGGGAUCGAGCCCCGUGCCCUACCUGUAUGCAUGCAUCCCCAGCCCAACACUUCCCCCAACACUCGCAAUGCGAAAUCAACACUGUGCUCGCUUAGAAAAGAAUGGAAGAGAGGAUGGAGGGACCACACGCGUAUAUAUACACACUACAGCUUGGGCUGGCCCUUCCCUGUUCUACUGAGUUUUUCCACGUGGAAUUAAAUGUCAUUGGUCGUGGGAAAGUGAACUGGCAGGCAGAAACAUAUCUUGUUGCUUGCAGUUUAAUAUUAUGGCCAAUAAAAUUAUACCAGGUGUAGUUAUGAUUUUUUUUAGGCUGUAGCUAAAUUGAAUGUGUGAAAUGUCCUUCAUAAGGACUACAUACUACCACAGCCUGAUCAUUCGUUCCUUAUUGUUCAUGGGUAUGAAUGUUAAUGUACAAUUGUGAGUCAUGGUAUACAUUACAGCCACUCUGCAUUAGGCCUGUGUGGCCCUGAUAAAAAGUCUAGGAAUGAUUCAGUUGACAUGGGCUAAUGAGCUCCUCUUCAGCCUAUAGGAAAAUGACGAUAUUUUUGUCCAGCUGUUUGUUUGAUUUUAAUGUUACCAGGCUAGAGCCUGAGGAUUCCCUCAAGGUUAAAAUGCUAACUCGUAUUGAGUUACACUGUAAGGGUGGAAUUCAAUCUUUGGAAAAAAAAAAAAAACCCAUUAAAAUGUAAAAAGGCCAAGCUAUACGAGGACUCGUGCUGCUGUUACUGGGUGCAGGGAUAAAGCCAGUCUGGCAGUAUGGACUGAGGCUCAUCUCCGGUUUGAAGGUUGCACUCAGUGUGCUGUACUUCAUUAUGGAACUUCUUGCGUAGAAAUUAUUUUAAGGGACUCAUCCUCUCUCCUUUACAAUUUGAAACCCGUCUCUCGACCUAAGCUUUCUAAAUCUCCAUUCAAUGCUGUCUGCGCACUGCCUGACGUUCUCUACAAUGUUCUGUCAAAUAAAGCUACUGAAGAUCUCUGGCAUAUCACCGAUAACCAAGAGAAACUAGACCUAUUACCAUGGGUUGAAGCACUACAUGCAACCCUGUAUAAGUACAAGUCUUAUUGGAUAUGGCAGAGUUUUUUUUCUGGGAUUUGGGAAUGAAGUUAUAUGAAGAGGGGAAAAAAAGCUUCAGAUACAAAUGCAUGGACUGCUUAAGAAUGCAAGACCUUUUAAGGGUCAAUUUUAAGUGUAAAAUUGUACAAUUAUGAACAACACUGCAUCUCUUACAGAGACCUAAUUCCUUGUUUUUUUUGCUUUUGCUUUCUACAUCAUAUGAGUCAUGUAUUAUUUUAACAGAAACUACUAAAAAAAAAAAGAAAAUAAACAACUGCAAGGUAUCCCUAAAUAUUAAUGUAAUCUGUAUUUUUUUGGUCUAGAAGUUCAUGAGGUAUAUUUUAUUAUUGAGCACUAUUAAUGUCUUUUCAGAUUUCUGUUGCUAUGAACAGCUCUAUUAGAUUCUAUUAAAUUUGACUGAACUGAGAUUGUUCAAAAAUGGA